GACGGGGAGGGUAGCAGGAGCAGAAGGAACACUUCACCAUGGAAUAUGAAGUCAAGAAAGGGAAGAAGGGUUUUGUGUCCCCCAUCCGAAGGCUGGUGUUCCCCAAGGCUGCACGCAGGGCAGCCUGCCGGAGCAACGUGAGCCGCCGGCCCCUGCACUCCAUGCCCCUGUAUCCCCCUGACUACCUCAUUGACCCUCAGAUUCUGCUGUGUGACUAUCUGGAGAAGGAGGUCAAGUUCCUGGGCCACCUCACCUGGGUGACGUCCUCACUGAAUCCCUCCAGCCGGGACGAACUCCUGCAACUGUUGGACACCGCCCGGCAGCUGAAAGAGCUGCCGCUGAAGACCACAGCGGAGCAAGACAGCAUCCUGAGCCUGUCGGCCCGCUGCCUGCUGCUCACGUGGCGGGACAACGAGGAGCUCAUCCUGCGCAUCCCCACGCACGAGAUCGCCGCCGCCUCCUACCUGCAGGACGACGCGCUGCACCUGCUGGUGCUCAAGACCGGUCUGGGCGUGGACCCAGUACCGGCCGGCCUGGACGCCAGCCCCGGCGGCUCGGGACGCGACCCCGGCCCUCCCGGUGCGGUGGCGGAGAAGCGGCGGGUGGGCACGGCCGAGCGGCGCCACACCAUCUGCAGCCUGGACUGGCGCGUGGCGUGGGGCGGGGGCGGCGAGGCGCGCGCGGCGGGCACGGGCGCGGGCACGGGCGGCGGCAGCCUGGAGCGGCAGCGCGCGGGGCCGCGGGCAUCGGGCAGCUGGGAGCGGCGGCAGACGUUCAGCGGCAGCUGGGAGCGGCGGCACGCGGGAGGCGGCGGCGGCGGCGGGGGCGCGGGCAAGCCCGGAGGCAGCUGGGAGCGGCGGCAGACGGGCGGCGGCGGCGGCAGCUGGGAGAGGCGGCACCUGGGGCCCAACCCGCUGGACCCCCAGGACCCCAGCCCCGACGCCUACUGCAACCUGAUCAUUCUUGCGGUGGCCAACAGGGAUGCUGCUGAGGAGUCCUGUGCACUCAUCUGUCAGGUCUUCCAGAUCAUCUAUGGGGACCAGAGCAUCAAGUGUGUAGACCGAGCCGGCUACCACUACACGUCCAACCCAGAUCGGCCGUGGCUCUAUAGCCGCAGUGAUAGCUGCCACACGGACGGGACCUACGCCUACGAUGCUGACUUCAGCUGCUGCAGUUCCUUCAAUGGCUCCCAGGACACAUUUGAAGCGUGUUACAGUGGCACGUCCACGCCGUCUUUCCAUGGCUCCCACUGCAGUGGCAGCGACCACAGUGGCCUGGGCUUCGAGCAGCUGCAGGAUUACAUGGUCACGCUGCGGAGUAAGCUGGGUCCCCCGGAGAUCCAGCAGUUUGCAUUGCUGCUACGAGAGUACCGCCUGGGGCUGCCUAUCCAGGACUACUGCGCAGGCCUGUUGAAGCUGUAUGGGGACCGGCGCAAGUUCCUGCUCCUCGGGAUGCGGCCCUUCAUCCCUGACCAGGACAUUGGCUACUUCGAGGGCUUCUUGGAAGGAGUGGGCAUCCGCGAGGGCGGCAUCCUCACCGACAGCUUCGGCCGCAUCAAGCGCAGCAUGAGUUCCACGUCGGCCUCGGCGGUCCGCAGUUACGACGGGGCGGCCCAGCGGCCCGAGGCGCAGACCUUCCACCGGCUGCUGGCCGACAUCACGCACGACAUUGAAGCCCUGGCACCAGACGACGAUGACGAUGAAGACUCCUCUGGCGGGGGUGACCAGGCUGAAGACAAUUACCUAUAGCCACCGCUCACCCGCGGGAAGUGGGAGGGGUCCCUUGGUGCCUUCUGGUCUCCAGCCCUUGCAGUACCGAGAAUGGCCUGCAGGUGGCGGGCGGAUCAGACCUUAGUGUCCCAGGAAGUUGUCUGACGCCUGGGCCCAGCGCACCCCAACCUCAAGACUCCGCAGCUUUUUGAAGGCUGCAGGAUGGAGAAUGGCUCCACCUGCUGGCAGUCAGAAAAGAUACUCCUCAAUACAAACCCAAACCAGUGCCAGAGCCCAGAGACAUCUCUUCAUCCCAUUUUACAGACUGAGAAAGUGAGAGUCAAAAAAAAAAGAAGAAAAAAAGAGGAGGGGAAGAGACUUAAGGGAAUGCCUGAUUCUCCUUAUAUAUUCCCAUUUCCACAUCUCUUCGGUGAUAUCAGCUCCACCCUCCUCACAGGUGGUCAUGCUGGUUAAUGGUCAAGACCUUACUCUUGGGCCUAGCACACUGUUGAUGCUCAAUAAAUGCCAUUGCCUUCCACUUGGAAAA